AAGGACCCAAAGGAAAUCCCGUGGGGAGCCGAUGGCGCAGAGUUUGUCGUCGAAUCGACUGGGGUGUUCACGACCACCGAGAAAGCCAGUGCCCACUUAAAAGGCGGCGCCAAGAAAGUCAUCAUUUCGGCGCCAUCUGCUGAUGCGCCAAUGUUUGUGAUGGGUGUCAACAAUGAUAAAUAUGAUAAAAGCACCAACCACGUCAUCUCGAACGCCUCCUGCACCACGAACUGCUUGGCACCACUUGCUAAGGUGAUUCACGACAACUUUGGAAUCAUUGAGGGCUUGAUGACCACUGUGCAUGCGACAACUGCCACCCAAAAGACUGUCGAUGGACCAUCGGGCAAGCAGUGGCGUGAUGGUCGUGGCGCUGGCCAGAACAUCAUUCCAGCAUCCACUGGUGCUGCCAAAGCUGUCGGGAAAGUAGGUUUCUCAGUACUUGACAAACUGGUUAUUCCAGCUCUCAAUGGCAAACUUACUGGCAUGGCUUUCCGCGUGCCCACUCCGGAUGUCUCGGUCGUUGAUUUGACUUGCCGCCUUGAGAAGGGAGCAAGCAUGGAUGAUAUAAAAGCGGCCGUAAAGGCAGCUGCUGCGGGUCCAAUGAAAGGAAUCCUUGAAUACACCGAGGACGAGGUCGUGUCGACAGAUUUCACGGGCGAUACGCACUCAUCCAUUUUUGAUGCAAAAGCGUGCAUUUCGCUCAAUCCAAAUUUCGUUAAGCUGAUUGCGUGGUACGACAAUGAGUAUGGCUAUAGCAACCGCGUCGUCGACCUCAUCUCCUAUAUCGCUACCAAAUAAGC